CUUACCUUUUGGAAACCUGGGACUGCAGGUCCAGGCAGUUCCUUGGACAGGGACACGGAGACAGAAGGAACGCUUAUCCCUUCGGCACCCUCCUACUCAGCCCUUUCUGUUAGCUCUCAGCGCCAGCAGCUCCCCAUCUACAAACAUCGUGCGGAUAUCCUUUAUUGCGUCGAGAAUCACGGUGUUACCAUUGUUGUUGGUCAGACUGGCUCAGGAAAAACUACCCAAAUCCCCCAGUUUCUCCUGGAAUCAGGAUGGGCUGCGGACGGAAAUGUGAUUGCAUGUACUCAACCCCGUCGUGUGGCUGCUACAUCCGUCGCUGGUCGGGUCGCUAAUGAAGUCGGUACCACGCUGGGUGACGAGGUAGGAUAUACGAUCCGAUUCGAAGACGUGAGCGACAACGAAAAGACUCGUAUACGCUACAUGACAGACGGAAUGCUGUUUCGCGAAACGCUUGUCAGUCCUCUACUCGAUCGCUACAGCGUUAUCAUGGUAGAUGAGGCCCACGAACGCAGCCUAUACUCUGACCUAUUGUUGGGUGUUCUCAAAAAGAUCCAGCGCAAACGGCCAUCCUUACGCCUGAUCGUCUCGUCAGCUACCCUUGAUGCAAAUGCAUUUUACCAGUAUUUUGCUUCAGGGCCCGACGCUCCAAAAGCCACAAUUGUGAGCUUGGCAGGACGCAUGUAUCCUGUCGACGUGGCGUAUCUCCAGGAGCCCGCUGUAGAUUAUGUUCAGAAGGCGGUAGAAGUAGCCUGGAACAUAAACUUGAAGCACGGUCCUGGGGACAUCCUUGUAUUCUUGACAGGCAAAGAAGAAAUCGAGAGGUUCUUGGAGGAUAUCUUGGAGAUGAUACCCACGCUUCCGCGCGGCGCACCUCGCUUACAGCUCUUGCCUCUACACGCAGGUCUUAGCACCGAUGAACAACUUGGCGUAUUUAACCCCGCUCAACUUGGUUUCCGUAAGGUCAUUGCGUCAACCAACAUAGCUGAGGCUAGUGUAACAAUUGAUGGUAUCAAAUAUGUUGUGGAUUGCGGGUUUGUCAAGAUUCGAACGUACAACCCCACCAGUAAUAUUUCUUCGUUGUCAACAGUCCCAGUAUCUCAGGCAUCUGCGACGCAGAGGGCUGGCAGAGCUGGGCGGACUUCUUCUGGGUUCUGUUACCGCCUGUACCCAUCUUCCGUUUUCCCAACCCUUCCUUUCACCACCCCUCCCGAGAUCACUCGUUCUGAUAUGUGUACACCCAUACUGCAGCUCAAGUCUCUAGGUAUUGACGAUCUCAUGAAAUUUGAGUGGAUCUCGUCACCCCCGGCCGAAAGUAUGCUACGAGCACUUGAGUUACUGGUUGCGGCUGGGAUGAUCGGCGAAGACGGUCGGAUGACGGCCCUCGGGGAAAAAGUGGCAGAGUGCCCCGUAGAUGUCGGCAUUGCAAGGAUGCUUUUCAACUCAAAGGAGUACAGAUGCGGCGAAGAAAUCUUAACCAUUGCGGCUAUGACUUCUGUCCAGGACGUUUUCAUGAUUCCCGAUGGUGCAGCCGGUGCCGUUGCUGAGCUCGAGAGGCGCAAGUUCACUGCGGAAGAAGGUGAUCACCUCACUUUACUCAACGCUUACAAUGCCUUUGUGCGUUAUGGAAAGUCGUCAUCCUGGUGCAAAUCACAUGCGUUGUCUUUCCGUGCGCUAUCAAGGGCUGUUUCAAUACGCUCACAGCUAAAGAAGUACAUGACUCGCUUUGGACUCUCGAUGGAGAGUUGUGAAGGUGACGCAAAAAGACUACGGCAUUGCCUGGUCAGUGGAUACUGGCGCAACGUCGCAAGGUGGCUUCCGGAUGGAACGUAUCGUUCCGUGAAGGGUAACAAGGUCAUGCAUGUCCAUCCUACGUCUGUACUGUUCACUCGAAAGCCUCGUUCUGGCUGGGUAGUGUUUCACGAACUUGAAGAAACAAAGAAAAUGCAAAUUCGGCUACUCACCGAGAUUGAGCCGGACUGGUUGCUCGACUACGGUCACCAUUAUGACAACCGUCGGUCCGCAUAAUAAAACGCAAUGCGACGAGCAAGGACGGUUUCAGGAACGCGUCGUGCGACAGACAGGAUCGGAGACUCAUUCAAGCGCAAGCGUGUUCCUUGUCGAGGAGCAGAAUUUCAAUAAGGCAACCCGGCGGUCAUUAGCAUUGGUUAACGUUCCGAGAUGACCGGCUUGAGAGGCCGUGUGACGUCUCGUUGCGCCACACGACUUCGAAAGCCAAGGGCUGCCGAAGAUGAGUGGUUGAAUGCCGGACGGACUUGGCAAGGAUCAGCAAAAGCGGUCGUUCAUAUGUAUUCAAAAGAGUAAACGUAGACGAUUACGAGAGUUAUCAAACGUUUACUAAACCCUUGAUAACGUUUCAGUGAUCCGACAAGUCACAGGCUGAGCACGGUCAAAAGUAGAAAAUGCAAGUAGAUGAAUAUAAUAUCGAUCGUAG